UCCUGAAAACAACUCAAUGUGACGACUUUCCGCAAUAACAUGUCAAGUUCAAGACUUUUUCGCCAAUAUUAGGGUGGCCAUAUCUAUAUCAGAUUUCACGAAGAUUAGGUAUUUGCAUUGCUGAUAAUGAAUCGGAGUUAAGAAUCAUUUGUCUGUCUGUCUGUCUGCAAGCCGCGUUUAAUCCGAGAAAUCUCCGAAACGGCUGGCCCGAAUUUGCACUAUAUAGAGGAUAGCUAACAUGGACGGGAAUAAUACAGGCUGUAUUUUUAAUUCCCUGUUGUCAUAAUAUCUACCAACCGCUGUCCUGAACGUCAGUACCGAUUUCGACGGGAUGGUAAUUGACUUAAUACACGCGGGAAUACUAUAGAGGACCAUCUUUUAAAUUCGGUGUUCACGAAAUUUGCGGCCGUCAGCACGGUAGCCAUAUAGCUACCAAGAUAAAGUAACUAAUAGCAACGAAUCGCAAAAAUCAAGUAGGCACAAAACAUCCAGUUAAUAGACUAGCCUGUCCAUUUAUCGAGGUCCGAGAAGGGACCUAACUUCACAGAGGUGAGGUCCUUAACUGUCAUUCGCUAUAAAUAUCGAUUUUAAAUUUUAAAUGGCAUCCGAAACCUACAGUAAAGUUUCUUGUAUUGUAAAGAAAAUUCAAGUGUAAUUGCAUAGAUUACAAAAAAUCUCUCAGAUAUGCCUAAACCGGUGUGCGUGCAGUGUAACUCGCUAGAAUCUUUACUCUGGCGAAUGGAAGAGAAUGGAUUAAUAUGUAACGAUUGUCAUUCUUCGAAUACCGUAAAAAAGAAUUCAAAUUUAGGUCCUACAGAGGCAAAAUCUGAAAAUCUUGGGAAAACAGAAGAUAAUGAAGGAAAUAUUGGGAAGGGUGAAGAUUCUAUGCCCUCUAAAGCUACGAGAAAGAGAACAAGAAAAAGUACUAGAGCAACAAGAUAUAAGUCUAAAACAUCAGCUCCACAUGCCAAAACUUCUGUGCCGCUUGGAAGAGGCCGUAGAAGCAUUUUUAAACGACGGCCAGUAAAGGCUCCGACAGCUACAGCCACUGUAGUGACCAGUGAUUCCAUAUUUUAUAAGGGCAGUUAUAUGCAAGUUGGUGAUAUAGUUGCUAUGGUACACGUUACUGGUGGUGUCUACUAUGCUCAAAUUCGGGGUUUUCUCACCGACCAGUACUGCGAGAAGAGUGCAGUUGUCACCUGGUUAAUACCAACCAGGGCCAGUCCAAAGCCUGAAGACGGAUUUGAUCCUGCCACAUAUAUCUUCGGUCCUGAAGAAGAUUUGCCACGUAAAUUGGAUUACAUGGAAUUUGUAAUGCAUGCACCAUCUGAUUACUACAAGGAUAGUAAAAGCCCUUAUCCGCCAUGUGACUCAAAACUCAAUGAUUGCAGUGGCUUUAUUUGGACGACAUUAGAACCGAAAGAAAGAAAACCUGAAAAAGCAAAUUAAAUUCAAUAUUCAAGCAAAUUUAAUUCACAUAUGUAGCUGAUAAUUUGUAAUAAUGUUUGAAAGCCUGAAAAACUGGUAGCUUCAUUUUGAACUUCGCUUCGUAUUACUGCACUAUGAUAUCCAUUUUUGUUGUUUAUGAUAUUAUUUGCAAUAAAUGACUUUUAAUGCUA